UCGGUUGCAGUUGAGCGUCAGAGUCUUGAGCUGCAGGAAGUUUCCGAUGGAAACAGGAAGAAGUUCGAUCUUAUUCCCGGACAAAUCGACUGUCCUCAGGUUAGAGGUGAGUCUCUGCAGCUCGUCAGGGAACUGUCAACCAUCACAUGUCAAUAAAGCAGAUGACGUCACUUCCUUCAGACCUGUUUGUGGGACAGGUGUAAUUUCCUUCCUGUCCUGAGGGGGGCGGUGAAGAAGAAGAAAAACCGGAAGAAGAGGAAACAGAAGAAGAAGAAACAGAAAAAAGAAGAGGGAACAAAAGAAGAAAAAUCCGAACAAGGAGAAAAAGAAUGCAUCAGUGGGAUCUGUCUCUGUUCUCAGUUACUCCAGCUGCCAGUCUGUUGUCCAGAUGUGUCUCGAGAGGAGCUGUGUCUCAGGAGGAAAUAGACUCAGUCUCCUCAAAGCGAAGCCCCGCCUUCUCCUCUCACCUGCAAGAGGCCGAGCAGCGAAUCAGAGCAGUCAAACAGCUGGAUGAGCUGCACUUGGAGGCGGAGCUUCUGCAGGUAGUGAAGGAGAGUGCUGAUGUCACACACACACGUUCCCUUGCUGGCAGGUUCCAGAUGUUGCAGAUGUUGAGUGAUCACCUGCAGCAGCUGCUGAAGGAGCUGAACAGUCUGAGACAGAGACUGACGACACCGCUGGGUCACACCCACCUGCCCGUUCACGCUCACCUGCACAGGUGUGUUCUGGAGGUUGUGAAGAUGUCUCUGGACUUCAUGGAGACUCUGGAGGAGAAGCUGGACUCGGUCCACAGCUGCAGCUCCACCACAGACCGACUGUCUCAGCUGAGUACCUCUCUCGCCCAGCUGCUGGCUCAGACGGCCGACUUACAGAAUCUGUCCAAUCGGGUUCCUCAGUGGAGAGACGUGCACCUGUGACCUCUGACCCCUCACAUUUACUUUUUGUAAUAAACUCAGUUUGUGGUGGAAA